GAAAAAAGUGGAUCAUAAAUUGAUCUUAGCUAGAUAACCACUGGCAAUUAGAAAUCAUUGAACAACGGUGUGCAUCCAUAACUUUAUCGAAGAUCGAACAAAUGACCAUAUAUCUUGCACUGUGAGCUGGCAUUCAGUAGUGAAUCAUGAAUAGAUCAAUGUUGGACCACCAUUAAAAACCUGAAAUCAAUCGACAACCGUUUGGUCCAAGUAUAGAACUCUUCAGAAGUAUACAUCCACAAUCCCGUACGUGAGGUUUGAAACUUCGAUCACAUAUUACACUUUCUCAUAUACAUAUACAUGUAUAUACAUGUUACCAACACACACACACACACAUACAAACAUACAUACAUACAUACAUACAUACGUACAAGUACACAUUACAUAGAUUUACAAUAAAACAACAUUAACCAAAUAUAUCAACCUGUUUAUUGAAUUUUUAUUAAACAGCAAGGAAUUUUUCUUUCCUUUUUAUUAAAAGAGAAAAAAACAAAAAACAAAACAAAACAAAAAUAUAUUCUAAUAUCCAAUGAAUUUGAUUGGUUCAAUUGUUCCAAUGAAAAAGAAAAAGAAAAAAAAGAAAAAAAAAGAAAAGAAAAAAGAAAAAAAAUACACAAACUCUUACUAUGUGAAUAAUUCAAAUUGAUAAAAGAGGUAAAUGAAUGAAAAGAAAACAAGUUCUUGUUAAUAAUGAAUUAUAUGAAAUAGUAUCUAUGUAAUAUUGUAAUAUAGAAACAUUGAAUAUGUUUAUCAUAAUUUGUGGAUAAUAUAUGAAAUUUAUAAAUCUCUUUAUAAAUAAUAAUAAUAAUUAGAAUAUUGUAUAUUUCAUUUUAUGAAUCAAAAAUGAGAUAUUAGAAAAUCAUUAGCAGUUUUAUAUUAAACAUAAACCAAUAUGUGGAUAUUUAUCAUAUACUACUAAUGUUAAGAAAAGCUAUUGAUUCAAUGUUAAUUUUAUUACGGCUUGAUGAGAGAAAAGAUUAUUAUAAUUCAAUAUCUUCAAAUUGGUUAUGGAAUUCUACAUUUGUAGAUAAUUCUUUUCCUAUCAAUACUACCACUAAUCCUACUAAUCCUAAUACUACUACUACUACUACUACUAAUCCUACUACUAACAUUCAUAUAAGUAGUAUAAAUAGCAAUAUGAAUAGUGAUAACCUAAUAACAACACCAUUAUUAGCAGAUUCUAACGAAUUAUCAUAUAGAAACAAUAACAAUAAUAAUAACAAUAAUAAUCAUAAAGUAAAUCGUGCAAAAUCAAUACCAAAUCGUUAUUCCAUGAUGAAUUAUACAAAUAUCAAUCAUAAUAAAAAAUCAAAACGUAAUGACAAAAGAAUUAAACGAAAAAAUCAAUUCAAUCAUAUACGUUUACAUAGUUAUGAUGAAAAUAUAAAAAAUGAUCUCAAUGAUUUAUCGUAUUAUGAAGAUGGUGAAUUUGGUACAGAUAUAACAUAUUUACCAUUAAGUGAAUUUAAUCAUUCUAUUGAUCAAUUCAAGAUUAUGAAUAAGACGACAUUAGUCAGUAAAACUACUACUACUACUACGUCGACGACGAUGGCGAUGACAUCGACGGCGACGAAGUCGACUACUACUACUACUACUAAUACUGCUUAUAAUAAUAAUACAGAAACUACUAGAUUAACUGUAAAGGGAGUAGGUAGAAAGGAUCACUUUAAUUUCCCAUCAUUACCAAUAUUGUUACAUCCACCAUCACAAAGAGCACAACAAAGUUUAGAAUCAUCAUCAACAAUACAGUUACCAUCUCUAUCAUCAUCCUCAUCAUCAUCAUCUCCAUCCUCCUCCUCCUCCACCUCCUCAUCCUCCUCCUCAUCAUCAUCAUCACCAUCAUCGUCAUCCUCAUCAUCAGAUUCAAUAAAACAAAUAACUAAUUCAAAUCGAUUAAUAAACAAUAAUUCUAAUUUAAUAUUUAAUAAUGUAAAUAAAAAUAAAAUGAAUAAUUUUCAUUUAUUCAUUGAUUUACAUGAUAGAAAUGAUAAACAAUUAAAUAAACAAACAUUACAAAAUGAUCCUUUCCAAGGUCAACAAGAUUUAGCCUUGACAACACAAACAAAUUUCAAAUUAUUAAUCCCUAAUAUAAAAAUAACAGAAAACAAUCAUAAUCAUAGUCAUAAUAAUCAUAAUCAUAUAUUCAAUGAAGGUAUAACAGAUUGUAUAAAAUUGAAUAAUCCUCAAAAAGCAACAUAUCGAACUCCAGUCACUUAUACUUCAGAUAAUAAUGACAUAAUAUUAAUAAACAAUGAAAAUCUACAAAAUAAUCCCAUAGCAACAACAACGACAACCACAACAACGACGACGACUACUACUAUUAAUUCAUUAAUCAAUAAUUAUUUCUUACCAAAACCAUAUACAUCAAAUAUUCAUUUUAAUACAAGUCGUUCAAAUAGUGGUCAAACAUUAAUUGAUCAAAAUAUUGAACCAAAACAUGAUUAUCAUCGAUCUAAAUUAAAUAAAUUAAAAAAAUCAAUAAAACGAAAACAUCGAUCUAAUUCAUUUAUGUAUCAUCAAUCAAUGAAAUCAAUAUCGUCAUCAACAUCGUCAUCAUCAUCAUCAUCAUCAUUAUCAUUAUUAUCCUCAUCAUCUAAUUUAUGUUUUAUUAAUUCAUUAAAUCAUUGGUCAAAAUAUCAAUAUCAAAAACAUUGGUCAUUUACAUUUUAUGAUUUUGAAAAUGAACAAAAUUUAAAUGAGGAUGAUACUGCAUUAGUACAUUCAGUUUUUGCUGUUGUAGCAGCUCGUCUACGACAAAAACACAAUGGUUCAAAAGGUAUUAUUAAAAAAAUAUCAGAAUAUGAAAAAUUAGAUCAAGAACACAAUGAUAAUGGUAAUAAUAAUAAUAGAAAUAACCAUGAAAGUAAAUCAAAAUCACAUCAAACCAAUAAACAAAUACAUCAACAUAUUAAAUUAGCUAGUUAUACAUCAAAUAAUAUUACUAAACAAUCUAAAUCUAAAUUAAUUAAUCAUAAAGAUGAACAACAAUCAUGGCAUUUAUGUAUUAAAUGGAAUCCAAAUAAUUUAACAAAUCAAUCAACAUUGAAUUCUAUCCAUGUACAUGAUUCAAAUCAAAAUCAUUCCAAUAAAACUAAACAUCAAAUUCAAUUAAAUAAAACACAUAUCCUUGCUACAUUAGGUACAGUAAUAGAUAAAACAUCAUUAUGGAAUAAUAAUUCAAUUGAUUCAUUAAUAUCAUUAAAUAUUCAUAGAUUAAAUCAAAUAGAUAAACAUCAAUAUAAACAAUUAAAAUAUCAAAAUUAUACACAAAAAAAUCAUGGUUUAUCACAAUGUAAAAAUGAUUCUCAUCAAAAAUCAAUAAUUUGUUCCGUUUGUCAACAUUUAAUGAGUAAUAAUUCUAAAGAUCAUCUUCUACCAUAUUUAUAUAAUAAUCAAUUUACAAUAACUGAUCAAUUUAUUAAUGAAUCAAAAUUUAAAAAUCAAUAUAAGAAAUCAAUUAAUUCAAAUCAUAAUAUUGAUUAUUAUCCUUAUCAUGAUUAUUUAAAAUAUGAUUUAAUAAAAUGUAAUAAAAAGAAAUCUAAACGAAAUAAUUGUUAUAUAAUACCUAAUCAUUAUAAUCCUAUACAAUAUAAUAAUAAUGAUGAUAAUGAUGAUAAUGAUGAUGAUCAUUAUGGUUCCAGACAAAUUUCAAAAAAUAUUGAUCAUAAUCAUAAUCAUGAUCAUGAUCAUAAUUAUGAUCCAUGUAAAUAUCGAUCAAAAUUAAUGAUGAAUUCAUUAGAUCAAACAAAUUCUACGAAUAUGUUACAUUGUCAACAUUGUUUAUUUAAAAUGAAUAAAGGAUAUAUUAAACAAAGAUAUUGGAAUAGACAUUGUAAUACUAAUAAUACUAAUACUAAUACUACUACUACUACUAAUAAUAAUAAUAAUAAUUCUGUAAAUGACAAUUCAACUUCAUCUAUGUUAUGUUGUAAUCAUUGUAAACAAUGGUUUAUUCCAUUAUGGAAUCAAAUACAUUAUUAUUCAAGAAAUAAACGAACUAUUUCAAAAGAUGAUCAUUUAACCCAUAGAUCUUAUAACCACCACUAUUAUCAUCGUUCAUCAAGUCAACCACAAACUAAACAUGAAAGAAUAAUUCAAAAUCAUUUAUCUAAAAAUCAUCGAUGUAACCAUAACGAUGGGUACAGGACAUCUUUAGAGCAAACAUUUAUGAAUAAUAAUAUGAAUAACAUUCAAUGUUCAAAUAUACAACAUCAAAUACAAUUAAAUCAACAAUCAAAUAAAAGACAGUCAAAAUACCGACAUAAACGUACUAAACGACGUGCUAAAUCCUACUUACCUAUUCAUCGUUUACUUUCAAAUGAUAUAAACAAUCAAGUAAAUGAUUCAUCAGCCAAAUUGAAUCAUUAUAGGUUGGAAUCCUACAAAUCUCACAAAGAAAUAGAUCAUCAAUUGAUUAUGAAUAAAAAUGAUAAAUUCAUGGUAGAUCCUUUACUUGAUCCUAAUCAACGUUUGAUCCAGUUAAAACAGGAUCAUAAAUUUAAACGUUAUAAUCGGAAAUAUUUAGGACAAUUAAAUGUUCAAGAAUGGUUAAAUAAAACAUUAACAAACAAUUAUUAAUCGAAUAAAAUAAAUAGAAUUCUAAUCAUUGAUUAAAAAAAAUAAUAACAAUAUAAUUUUUCCAUUGUAAUAUAACGAUGGAUACUUUGCUGAAAAAAUUACGUUAUAAUUUACAUACUACUAAAUAUAC